CUUUGUAUGUAGCUUUAUGUUUCUUUGUUAAUAUGCCAUUUUGUACAGUGUCAGGCGCUGUUGUUAUGGAGACUGUAACUAGGCGAUGGUAACGCGUGCUCGAGAGUACGCUACGACUGCGCAAGUGCGGCGCAACCCCGUGUAGCAGGUCUGUUUUUAUUUCUGCACGCUUGAGUUCAUCAUUUUGGGGUUUUAUUCUGCAGCAGAGCUAGAGGGACUCUUCUUAUUGGUGGGGAAAUGAGGGAGAGCAGGACCUGAGCGGGAGAGCGGCAGCGCUGUCCAACUUCGACGGUUCUGGCUUUUGGCAUGUCUUUGAAACGACGUGAGAAUUCAGGCAGGAGACUAAGCAGUCAUGUCUGAGUUGAACUUUAGUUUCUAGAGUUAUAUUUAAAAUGCUAACAGAUAUUGACAACACAGCUAUACCUAAUAUAAGGUUUACUUUAAUCUGUCGAUUAACGUUAGCUAGCUGUUAGGGUUUUUCAGUGUGUGUACACUGAGUUUUAUAUACAAUAAGUUAUAUAUAACUAGAUGGAUGGAUGGAUGCCCUAUCCACAUUGGCUUUAAAUACCCAAGCAAUUAUAUUUCAGUUUCUGUGGACCACACUUUAUUAUGAUAAAUAAAUUAUGCAUAUAGAAGUAUAGUUUUAUAAUACUUUAUUUAUUUAUUGUGAUGUACUUGAGGUACAUAGUGGUAUAAGUACCUGUUCUCAUUCAUAGUGUUGCCUCUCUAAAUCGAAAAGAAAAAUGCUGACAUUGAUAAACAUGAGUGCUUAGCUGUAUUGUCAUUUGCAUGUUUACCCAAUAUAAAAAAUAUAAGGCUUGGUAGAUUGCAUGCUAAACUUCCAUUUCCUGCAUUUUCUGGCUUAUUAUGAGUAUGUAACAUGCAUUUGUUGUUCUUGGUUGGUCAUACAGGUAACGCAGCUAGCUAGCUUAUUUUAAAUAUUUUGUUAAUAAUAGUAUCCAUUAAGGCUAUAGAGACUUGAAUACAUACAUGCUCUUUAAUAUUCUUUAACGCACUUCCAUCAUCCAACAAGACAAACUUACUUUCUCUUCUUUCAUCUACAUUGUUUUCCAUUUUCUGUUUUGUCUGUGUGUAUAUAGGCUGUGCCAUUGCUGUGGAUUUAUAGCAUUAUUAUCCCUCCUUAUCCUAUCCGUCUUACAGAGGAGGUCAGCAUCUAUUAACAAUAAGCUAAUGAAGACAGGAGGAGGAGCACUGUGGAGAGACAUUGGGUCAGACAGGAAAUGAUUGAAGUGGCCAACUGAUUUUUGGAUCUCUGUGGUCUAUUAAAUAUCAGAGGUCUCCAUGGAGGUUCCAAAGCUUUGCAGGACUGGUCUUUCAGACCAAAAGAAUGAGGGGAACACAAUAACAGAGAAAUGUCCCCUGUCCAGCUUUGACAGCGCUCCAGAGGGAAAGGUGCGACGCAGUAUUCAGAACCUCCCUGCCAUCAAUUCAGAGCGCUUACGCAUGGCCAAAGUCCAGGUGGAAAAGGCUGUUAAGAUGCGUAAGAUAUUCUCUAUCCAUGGUCCAUACCCUGUUGUGCGGGCAGCUCUGAAAGCCAGAGGUUGGGUCGAACGGCGUCUGCUACGACCUACCCAACACGUGCAUCGACGACGUCCUAAGGAGGAUGAGGAAUGUAGUGAUGGAGAUGAAAGUGGUGAUGAUGACGAUGAGGAGGAAACAGAGAAAGAAGAAGAUCCUGAUGAUAUUCAUGAUAUCAUGAUUUCUCUUUUUCUGCUCUUUUAUCAGUCUCGAAUGGUCAGAAAUGAGAUAACAUACUUGUACUGGACAACAAGGAGAGAUUCCAUAGACAACCGCAAUCUCAGAAAGGAGCAGAUGACCAAUCACUAUGCAAAGUCUGCAACUUUUACUACCAAGGUGGGUCUGUGUGUGAAUUUGAGAAAUCUGCGAUGGUUUGAUGCUGCUGAUCCAGACACAUUCUUCCCCCGAUGCUACAGGCUUGGGGCUGAGGAUGAGAAGCAUGCCUUUAUCGAGGAUUUUAGGAGAACGGCUUGUAUGAGCCUUCUUCAGUGUAUAGUGGAGAGGAAUCACAGAGGAACAUUAGAGGGUAGUGUAACGGACCUGCCUGAUCAAUUACUCUCAAGUCGGAAGAAAGGAUGCAAGAGGCAAGCCCUCUCAGUAGUACCUUCCAGAAUGAUUGACUGUGCGUUACAAGUGUGCCAGGAUUACCUGGACAGUUUUGAACACAAUGACAUAGACAUCGCCUUGGACUCAAAGCCCACACUAACUGAUCAGCAAUGGUCAGAGUUCAUGCACCACUACUACCUGACUGUCCAUGAUGGCGCUGAAAUAGAAAACAGCGUUAAUUACGUGGACAGCUGCCAGGCUAUGCUGUGCAAACUACAAGAGGCCUGUCCACAGCUGGACAUUGACGGCAUCCACAACAUUUGGAUAAUCAAACCAGGAGCCAAAUCUCGUGGUAGAGGCAUUGUGUGCAUCAAGCAGCUGGAUGAGAUUCUGAAGCUAGUGGACAGUGAUCCCAUGCUGAUUAAGGACAGUAAAUGGGUGGUACAGAAGUAUAUAGAACGGCCUUUUCUCAUCCAUGAAACUAAAUUUGAUCUCCGGCAGUGGUUUCUGGUGACAGACUGGAACCCUCUCACUGUGUGGUUCUAUAAGAAGUGCUACCUGCGCUUCUCCACCCAGCCCUAUUCUGUGGACACACUGGACAGUUCAGUGCAUUUGUGCAACAACUCCAUUCAAAAGCAUUUCCGUCCUUCUCAGCAACGCAACCCAGAGGUUCCUGAGGACAACAUGUGGUCCUGUGACCAGUUUCGUUCUUUCCUCUCCAGCCGGAACCAGGAGGAUCAGUGGGCAGGUGUUAUAGUUCCAGGUAUGAAGAAAGCUAUAAUUAACACUCUGCAGACUGCACAGGACCUGGUGGAAUCUAGGAAGGCGAGUUUUGAGCUCUAUGGGGCUGACUUUAUGCUGGGGCAAGAUCUGCGUCCAUGGCUGAUUGAAGUCAAUGCCAGUCCAACAAUGGCUCCAUCCACAGCAGUAACAACCAGGCUGUGUGCAGCUGUGCAGGAGGACACCCUGCGCGUGGUGCUGGACCGCAGGUUGGAUCGUGGGGCUCACACUGGAGGGUUUCAGCUUAUAUUCAAGCAGACAGCAGUUGAAGUACCCCAGUAUGUUGGAAUGAACCUCCUUAUUGAAGGUGCACGCAUCAAAAGACCCCGCCUUCCUCCUCCUCGUAAGCCUUGUAAUCAGGUUGAGAUGCAUUUCACCCCCUCAGGAUCUGUUGCACCACGGCACCAACCCCCGAGCAAAGAAAAUGGAACAUUGUCCGAAAAACCCAAACCUCCAACUAAAUACUGGAUGAAGACAGUAGUUCGACAGUUGACCUUCAGUGGCAUAAAACCUGUAUCUGAGCGCACAGCAGAGUCCUGGAGGCCUCAGCGCUCCAUUGUCAGAGCAGAUGUUUCCCUGAUGUCACCUCGAGUGCCAAUCUGCCCUCUUGAAGCUUCCUCAAGGAAGCCACUGCAUUGUGCCUUUGCAACUAUAAGGCCAAGGUCAGGGCGAGUUAAGGCAUCAGUAGAGGGCAACCGUGACCCUGUUCUUUCCCUGGGCUUAAUUACCAUUCAGGAGCCAGAAAGAGAGCCCACUCUGGUAGCAGCCUGCCCAAUGGGUCCAUUCUCUAGUGCCUGCAUUCAGAGUUUUUCACGCCACCAUAACCGCAGGACUUUCCAGGCUAGCCGUGCUGGAAAGAUGGCUCAUAAGAUUUAAAAGCCAGCCUCAGAUGACUCAGAAAAAAAAAAUAAUAAAAAACAAUAUGAUUUUGUACACUAAUAUAACCAUUGCACCUUGUAAUAAAACCAUAUUAAUUUA